AUGGCCACCUCACUGAUUGCUUUUCUGCUUGCGCUGUUUACCUUGUGGCCAUCUUCUAUUUUCCUCGGCCAAGCAACUCGCUACGCCGAGGCCCCUCGCUUCAAGCAUCCAACUGUCCCAGGUAGAAACCGUAGCACAGUUCAAAAUGCACGCGAUGUCAUCUGCCCGCAGGCUAUGCCGGGAUGGCUCUUGUACGGCACAGUUGUGCCUGUCACCAAAGAGAACCUUCCACCGGUGAACCCGCGCACAUCCGAAGACUGUUUAUUUCUAGACGUCUUAUUGCCCCAACGUGUGUGGAAGGAACGAGCAAGAGCAACAAGACGUGCCCCGGUGCUCGUGUGGAUUCACGGGGGUGGCUAUACGCUUGGCUGGAAAGAUGCGAGCGGGCGAGGAAACGGCUUGGUAGCACGAAGUGAGUGGCAUAAUCAAGAAGGAGUGAUCUUGGUAUCGAUCAAUUAUCGCCUUGAUCUUUUUGGUUGGAUGAAUGGCGAGGAAGUGACUUCCAAUAUUGGUUUGCUGGACCAGCGCCUUGCUUUGGAAUGGGUUCAAAACUACAUUCAUCUGUUCGGUGGUGAUGCAGAUAAUGUAACCAUCAUAGGCGAGUCGGCCGGUGGUGGAUCUGUUGAAGCCCAUCUGACAGCGUACGGAGGACGCAUUGAUGGCAAGUCUCUGUUCAAAGGGGCCAUUGCACAAAGCCCGUUUCUUGUGCCGGAACUCCCAUACGCCAAUUCUUAUGUGAGCAGCGUGGCCAAGUAUGGGAGUGUAUCGUCAAUUGCAGAUCUACAGAGUAUGUCAACAACCGACUUGCAGACGCUCAAUGCUCUCGUCGUUGGGAACACGCCUGUCUUUGGGACAUUUACAUUCGGUAUCACCGUCGACGGCGAUUAUGUCCCUGACCUCCCUAGCAAACUGUCGCAACGAGGAAGAUUCGACAAGACUGUUCAUGUGAUGACCGGGCAUAAGGGAGAUGAAGGCUCUCGCUUUGUGCCCAGUACUAUAGUCACCAAUGACUCCUCGUAUCGAGAAUUCCUACAAUCUGUCUUUCCAUCAUUGACAGACAGCCCUGCAGAACUGUCCUUUAUCACACAAACAUUGUAUCCACCCAUAUUCAACGGCGGUCAGGGAUACACAACUCAAAUUGAUCGAAACAACAUAACCAUUGCGGACGCAGUCCAGGUCUGUAACACUCGCUACAUGAACCAAGCGGCUUUUUUGCCUGCAACAUACGCAUACCAUUUCUCGGUGCCGCCAGCUGUUCACGGGGCGGACUUGUCAUACACCUUUUACGAUUUUGAAUCAGCAGUAGAUGGAGUUAACGCGACCGUUGCAAUGAUAUUACAGCAUUACAUCACCCAGUUCGCUGCCACGGGCACGCCAAAUGCACAUGGACUGCCAUAUUUUCCGCCUGCAACGGAGGGGUUAAGGGUCCAGAAUUUGGGCAGCGAUUAUGUAGGGCCCAUGCAGGACGAGUCUGGGGUUAGGGAUUUACCUGAGCGGUGUCAUUACUGGCAACAAGCACCUUACCUUUCUGGAGAUGAAGAAAUUUAUCGGAGUCGUCUUUGA